UCCUUUUUUUUACCCCCUCUCCCAGUCUCUCUAUCCUCUCCCUCAUCUCUCUCUCCCAUCUCUUUCUCUCCCAUCUCUCUUUCUCAUGUGCAAAUAAGUUAAUUUGCAGAGAGACAGAAAGAAAAGUAUGGCGAAGAAUUGUGAGCGUUACGAGAGAUACAAUUUCAAUGAAACUGAAGAUGAUUACACCGUAUGUAACAUCUUACUUGGUCUCCAAUCUUUAAUCCACAAAUCAGAUCCCUCUCCCUCCAUCUCUCCCUCUCGAAUCUCUUGGGCUACCAAGAGAAAGAGAUCUGCUAUGAAUUCUGCACCUGCUAGCCCUGUCCCUCAGCCCCAGCCCAUCACUCACUUGGUCCAAAAUCAUCAAGAGACUCACCACCAGAAGAACAACGAAGGCAGCCCUUCUUCUCCACUCGGUUACUCGCCUAAUCGAGCUCACAAUGAUGUUCAGUCAAAGCAUCAGUCCACAAGAAAGUCCAAGAAAAAGAAACUCAAGGACUGGGAGGAGCAUGUUGAGAAAUUAAAGCAGACCAAAGAACAGCUAAUUUUGACUCUAGAUAAUGUAAAGAACUAUCAACGGACAGUCUUAGAGUUCAAUCUAAAGUUAAAAGCUAAAAGAGAUGAGUUAAAUGGUCACAUUCCAAAACAGAGCAAUGUGAACCUUAAUGUUCAGAAUCACCAGCUGCACCAUCAGUUUCCAAUUUUUGCUCAGCAGCAGCAAUAUACGGUUCAGCCUGGUAUGACGCUGUAUUACCCGCCGCCAUUUUUUGCGUCGAAUAGCGGAGGUGGAAUGAGAAUUAUGGAUGGGUAUAGCCGGCUGGAUGACAAGGCUCUCCGGGCUGCUGAUGCGAGAAAGAGGAGGAGACUUCAACUCAAUGAGAAGAAGAAUUCCAUUGGGAUUAGAAAGUUGAAUUAAGUGAUAAUUCUUUUUCUGGAAAAGGGCUGUUUGGGAAUUAUAAUUCAAGAAUAUUUCGUUUAGUUACCAUUCUUUUUUCUGGGAUAUGAUGGUGGGUUUAAAACUCGACUGUUUUAUACUUUAUGCCAUACAUUCAAGGGUAGACAAUGAUUUAGAAGAAAUGAAAUGCUUUUCGAGAUGUUUUUAAGAGAUAUCAAUUGAAAUGCUGGUCGAUUUUUAAGUUUU